GGUCAAGCUAUCGUCUCUCUAAACUCGCUUCUCCACAUUCUCCCUCAACAAACAGACUUUCUGUAUAUUGUAGAUGCAUUCUGGAAGUCACCAGAAGAACAAGCUGGAAUAGGGUGGUCCUUAAUAAGCAAAGAAGGCAUUCCUAGACUUCAUGGAAGUUCUGCAAUUGAACCUAUCUCAUCAUCAUUGGUAGCAGAAGCAAUGGCCAUGCUGAUAGCGGAAUACGUUUUUGUAAGAUGGAAACAAUGCUGCUGCUGCAACAACAGCAAGUUCGAGCUCGAUUUUGGAUGGAAUCGUGGGUGGCCAUGA